GAGACAAACAGCAACUAUGCCCUUCAGAACUUUCAUCCCAGGCCUCUCCCUUCGCCUUCGUCCACAGGUCAGGCUGCAAUCGCCCCGUUCAACGAAGAGCUAUACCACAGUUGAAGCCCACAUCCCCCACGGCCAUGCUCACCAUGCUCAUCGUGCUCAGCGAGUCCCAUAUAAGAAGCCCUCCGCGCUGAGAAAGUGGGGUGUCCGCUUUGCCCUGGCCAUUGCCUUUCCAACUACAUACAUCCUCGGAGCUGCGUUUCCCCCGCAGCUAGUGCUCUUGAUCUUCCCCCGCUUCUCGCCCCCGCCUCCGCACAAGGACAGUGCGAGGGGCAAGGCGCACACGAAUGACGUGGAAGGGUGCAUGCAGGGGCUCCAGCUGGUGGAAAUGAUGCGAAAGGAGAUCCAGGGAGGCGCAGAAUGGUACGAAACUAGACCUUAUGACAAGUACGAUCCUCAGAAGGUGCACAACUCGCUCACUGCCGGCACCCUCCGUGGUCCCGGUAAACUCGCAAUCCCUCCUAUUCUUUUUGCCAAGAAGGAUGAAUCAGAAGCAAUCGCCAUCAUCCAUCUUGGUAGAGCACUCUGCGGCCACGACGGUAUCGUACACGGUGGUCUUCUCGCUACUGUGAUGGAUGAGACGCUUGGCCGCAACGCCCUCCUCAACCUUCCGUCCCGUAUCGGUGUCACUGCAAACUUGAACAUCAACUAUCGUUCCCCUUGUAUGGCUGAUCAAUUUGUUGUCGUGAGGACCAAGGUGGUCGAAUUGAAGGGAAGGAAAUGUGUCGCCGAAGCCAAGAUGGAAACACUGAGCGGGGAGACUGUGGCUGACGCCAAGGCGCUCUUCAUUGAGCCCAAAUGGGCCCAGUUCCUUGCUUCCUCUGGAGUCACCGAAGCGAUGGGGCGACCAAUCCCUCAGCCUGAAAAUGCUCCUGGACUGAUGGAUGGCCAAGUUGAGAAGAUUGUGUAAAUGUAGAAGCUUGUCUUUGAAAGCUUGCCCAAAAACAGUUGUGUGCAAGGACUUUAUCAGGCGACAAUCAAGAUUGUAGCGUCCUAGAAUAGAGGCAAGUCAUACUGGCUCACAUAAGAGAACAAGACAAUGUAGAAGCUUUAGAGCUUCGGUCGUGAGAAGCCAUUGGUGAUGCAUAUUAUCUCACCCAGUAUACUAGAUACUUUUGAUAUCACUUCUUUUCCCUUGGUUUGCCUAGUGUAUGUACAUCUGC